ACAUUUUUCGCAAUAUUGUGAUAAGCGAUGAGAAGUUUCACUAAACAGUAAACGCCAAAGCUUUAAGCUCAUGUGUUCUGCAUCCACGUCAGAAACGAAUCUGACUAAUUUAUAAAUUUAAACGAACGGUGGUGCCGUCAGCAGCACGUAAUUAAUAGACAACGCGUGCGUUACAAGUAGACAGCCAUCAAUAUGGGUAUAUUCGGUAAAUCGGUCACCAUCGAUCCCAAGGAUCAAGUUAAACAGUGGACAUCAACCAUACGCAAAGAGACAUAUAAACUAGACCGACAGAUAAGAGGAAUACAGCGAGAAGAAGAAAAAGUUAAACGUUCCAUGAAGGAAGCAGCCAAAAAGGGAAACAAAGAUGUGUGCAUCAUUCUAGCCAAAGAAAUUCUAAGAGCACGCAAAACCAUCAAUAAACUGAUUACGUCAAAAACGCAUAUGAGUUCUAUACAAAUGCAAAUGAAAAAUCAGCUGUCUGUGUUAAGAAUGGCAGGUUCAUUGCAAAAGUCUACAGAAGUAAUGCAAACAAUGCACAAUUUGAUCAAAGUACCUGAAGUUGCAGCUACUAUGAGAGAUUUGUCCAAGGAAAUGAUGAAGGCUGGAAUCAUUGAAGAAAUGUUAGAUGAUACAAUGGAGAAUGUAAUGGAUGAUCCCGAAGAUAUGGAAGAAGAAGCGCAGUCUGAAAUUGAUAAAGUAUUAUGGGAAAUCACAGCUGGAGCAUUAGGUCAAGCACCUAUGGCAGUUACUGAAACACCAGGUGGUUCAGUACUACAAGAAACUGAAACAGUUGAAGAGGAUGAUGACCUAGAAGAAAUGAAAAAUCGCUUACAAGCGUUAAAAAGCUAAGUAAAGGUGUAACAAAGAUGCUAAAUUUAUACAAUAUAUUAUGUACUUUAACAUAAUUUUAAUAUAAAUUAUAAAUUUAAAUAAUUUAACUUAAGAACCAACUAUUAAUUUUAUUAGGAAAAUUGGAGCACUAAUGUUUUUUUUUAUAUUUAAUCAAUUGCAUUGAUAAGGUUCAAUAUAUUUUUUAUCAAAUAAUGUAUUAAAGUUUAUAACUUAACUAACUUAGUAAAACUAAAAUAUAGACAUUAGUGUUUUGCACCAAAUAUAUUUUAUUUUAUCAAUCUAUAAUUGAAGUAUUGAUAAGAUUUGUAUUCUUGUAUUAUGGAAGUUUGGCGUGAUAUUUUUAUUUAUUUUUGUUGUUCUAAAAAUUAAUUGGAAAUAUUAAAUUGGAUAAACAUUCAUGUGAAAUUGUAGAAAAAAAACUAUAUUUGAACGUUUGAUCUCUUGUUUUACACCAGAAAUAAAUAUAUGUAUAUAUAAUACAUCUAUACCUAAAAAUAAUUGUAUAUGUAUUAUCAUUUAAACUUGAAUCCUUUAAGAAAAUAAUAGAAUAUUGUAUUAUUUAUUUUUAUUGUUAAUUAUUUUUGUGGUCUAUAUUUGUUUUUACUUCAUGCUUCUGUCUUAAAAUUAAUUUUAACUUCAAACUUUAAAACAAAUUUUUAUGUCAUUUUCAAAACUAUUGAAACCACUUAAAUGUAAUUAACGU